CCAUAGAACUGACCAAUUGUUGCUCAGCUGUAGUUAUUGUUUUAUUUUGAAUUUAUACUUUGUCUGUUGUCAUAGAUUAUCCUCACGAUGGUUUAUGAGUCUACUUUGGUCAAGUGCCCUCUUGACGAUUCGCACAUUCUCAAGAAGGAAAGGCUGCAGUAUCAUCUGGUCCGGUGUCUCAAACAAUACAACGGUACCAAGGUGAGAUGCCCUUACAAUGCCACCGAGUACAUCGAAGUGGAUGAUCUACCGGAGCACAUAUUGAAAUGCGAGUACAGACGACCGAUCGAAGUGCACACAUACUGUUCAACAAAAAGUGGAACUCAUAUGUACACCGCUCCGUUUAACCAUCAAGGCCCCGAGACUGACGAGUGCUGGGGCCUGGACUAGAAAAUCCAUAAAAUCAUGACUAUGUAUGUAUACAAAUGAUUAUUUUUUAAAUUUAAAUAAACUGUUUCAUGUUUUUAAAACCAAAAAUUAAUUUUUUACAUUGUAAU